AUGGCCAAAAAGGCGCGCCAAAGGAUCAGUUAUGUUCUAGAGAAUGCCAAAUCCUCCGUCGGUGGCCAUCGGCUUGGCGUAAACGGGCUGGCUGUCGACGUCGACAACAGCAUACUAUAUACUGGUGGACGGGAUGGCAUCGUAUGUGCAUGGGACCUUAACCUCGACCUCCAACGGCCCGUCGGCGUUACCAACGGCUUGGACUUGGAAAAUGUCAAACAGCCUCGGACCGAAUUCCGUGCCCAGGCUCAUCCUCAUACACACUGGAUAAAUGACAUCACCUUGGCCCAGAAUAAUUCCGCCCUAGUUUCGGCUUCAUCCGACCUCACUGUCAAGGUAUGGCGUCCUCACUCUGAAGAAGACAACGCUCGAGCCGUUGCGAUUGGAGAACACGCAGACUAUGUAAAGUGCGUCGCGACCCCGCCUGCUUCCCUCGGCGCCAACUGGGUCGCUUCCGGUGGACUAGAUCGAAAGAUAUGUCUGUGGGAUCUCAACGGAGCUGGAAAGACGCUCGAGGUGGACGUCAAAGGCGAAGACAUUCUCGAGAAAGGAUCGGUAUAUGCCUUGGCAGUCAGCCGGGAUAUUGUGGCGAGUGGCGGUCCCGAGAAGACGAUUCGACUCUACGACACUCGUACGGGAGACAAGGUCUCCAAACUCGUCGGACACUUGGACAAUAUUCGCUCCAUCCUGAUUGACGAUUCCGGCGACGUCAUAUUGAGUGCCAGUGCCGACAAGACCAUCAAGAUGUGGAGCGUCAAGGGUGGUCGCUGCAUGUACACCUUUACCAUGCACGACGAUAGCAUCUGGUGUCUAUACUCGGACGACCCAACCCUUGGCGUUUUCUACAGCAGUGACAGAGCUGGCCUCGUGGCCAAGACAGACGUUCGCGCAAGCAUGCACGAUCUGGACAACGGCCUGAGCUUAGCUGUAGCGCAAGAGCAUUGCGGCGUGUCCAAGGUUGUCGCUGGUGGCGGUCACGUUUGGACAGCCACCAACCGAUCAUCAGUGAACCGUUGGGGAGACGUCGACACAAGCUCGGACACGAAUCUACCACAAAGAUUCCGGCAUGAACGGGCGGAAUCCAUCACUUCCACUACAUCUCGUCAAGCAUCAAUGGCAACUGAGCAAAGAGCGGGAAAGAAAAGGAUAGAGCCAGAAUCUAUUUUGCGAAUUUCCAACACGGCCAGGUUUCCUUUGCGUAGCGCCUCAGAUCUAGAGUCAAACACAUUCACCGAGAUGCUGACACGUCGCGGAUCUGAAGCCGUUGUUGAGCAUCCAGAUCCCGUAGUGAAGCCAAUCCAUGAAGCGCCCGAGUUUACGAUUGAGGGCCAGUUUGGACUCUUGAAACACAAGAUGCUGAACGACAGAAGAAGACUCCUGACCUUGGAUACGGCCGGUGACGUUCUUCUGUGGGAUCUCCUCGAGUGUAAACCCGUUGGAAGCUUUGGUAAACAGCAUUUGGAAGACGUGGAGGCUGCGGUAAAUACCAGGGAAGCUGUAGCACCCUGGUGUUCAGUUGACUUGAGCUCUGGCAAUUUGACUGUUGUCCUGGAACCCUUCAACUGUUUUGAUGCCGAGAUCUACGCGGAUGAAUUGAGAUUGGAUGAACCCAUAGAUUUUAGAGAAGAUCAGAGAAUCAGUCUUGGGCGUUGGAUUUUGCGAUAUCUCUUUGCGAAUCUUAUUGACGAAGAAAUCAAGCGAGAUGAAAGCUACCGGCAAAAGUUGAAUGAACAAGUGGCCACGAGCCAACCAGCCAGUCAACGCCACGCGCCCAGGUCGAUCGAUCUUCCUCGGGCGAGUACCAUGGAGUGGGAAAAGUCGGACCUAGUGACGACGCCGCGAGCGAACGGCUCACAACUACAGCUGGGAACUCCUGGUUUGGGGAUAGGUCUUGCAACACCCUGCGCCGGUGCCUCAUCGCUCCCUGGCGUUCCGGAAGAAGCAGUGUCGAGCCCUUGUAACCCCCCCAUGAUGGCCAAGGACGCAUCCGCGGACAGGGACGAUUACUUUGCCAGCGGCAACACAUUCUCACCGGGAAUAACGGGCGUCGACUCGGCAGAGGCAAAGACUUUGCUGGAAAAUGGCACCGAAAGGGGCACGGAAAAGGCCAAGGACAAGGCGGAUGACACAAUCAAGUCUCCAGGCACCACGUUUGGGAAAAAAUUCCGCAUCUCCUUUGGCAGCAAGAAGCUGGGUCGGUCACUGUCACAGGCAACACAAGAGAAACCGGCGGUGGUUGACGAAAAGGCCGACGAGUCGGAGUCAUCAUCUACCAACGAGAAGGAGGUGGAUGACAGCUUCUUUGGCGUUAUUCAGAAGAUUCGCAAUGACUAUGAGAAGCAAUUCGCCGAGAACCCCGACAAGGCGGUAGAGACUCGGAUUACGCCGAGCCUCCCGAAUGAAACACCAGUGUUGAAGCUGCCCGGCGGCACCAAAAUUAUCAUCCAAGAGGAAACUUCGGGUGGUAGCGCCAACUUGUACCAAGGCACAGUCGCAAACGUCGGCAAGGAUGCCGACGUUAUCGAACAAAAGGCGCCCAUGUGGCUGGGUGACGUGCUUCUGCAGAAUAUCGUUCCCUUCAAGGAGCCGGUAAAGAUAUCAUUUGUCCUUCAUCCCAUGGGCGGCUUGCCAGCCCUCUCUCCGGCGGACGGCAACAACCGACUCAAUGCUAACAGGAUGCUGCGUGUCAAGAAAAUUCUGGCCUAUGUGGCAGAGGGAAUCGAGGACCUUGGCGAAGAAGGGGAGCCGAGUGAGCUUGCCCCAGACGAAUAUCUCGAGCUGUACUGUAAUGAGCAGUUACUUGACCCCUUGAUGAGCCUUGCAACGAUUCGCACUCACGUGUGGAAGAGCGGUAACGACGUUGUGUUGUAUUACAAGGCAAACGGGCGCAAAGAGAUCAAGCCACCCAAGCCGGCGGCGGCAUCCAUGAUUCCAGCAGACACGCCCGGAGCCCCAGGCCCUAUAACAAAUGCCCCUUCUUCCCAAGCCGCAAACACAGCGGCAGCAUGA